AUGCAUUGCAGCACACUCCUCAACAUCGCGCUCACGCUGGCGUGCGCGCAAGCAACGCUCGACCCAUGCACAUCCAAUUCAAAGGGCAAAAAGCCAAAGAACAUACGUUGCUCCGCUGCCAAGACCUCAAGCGGUAUCCAAGCUGCCGAAUGCGCAUAUAACACUCGCACCUCCGACCCACAGACCUUUGCAGUCUUCGAAAUCGACCACAGCAAGGAUGGCAACCAUGGUGCUCCUUAUGGAACUUGUUCGGCAUACACUUGCACUGUUCCUACCAGUUUUGAAUCUGAUGGCGACUAUUGGACUUUCUUCUGGGAUGGUAGUGGUGAUAGUUCUGGUGUGGGGGCUGGUUGUAUCAGGGAUCCGCAGACGGGAGAGUGUGGGUGUGAGAAUAGUGAUGGGGAGUUUAUCGCUGGGAGCGAUAGCUGUACUUGA